CGCGCAGAGCGGAACCGACCUUGCGGUCGCGUCCGCGAUGGCGGAGGCGGCUUGGUGGUGCCGAGGAGGGACUUCAAAGCAUGACCUGCAUUACAGAAGAGAAGCGGAGGUGAACACCACAGUUGAAGAGCUCCUACUCUACUUUAUUUUUUUAAUAAAUCUAUGUAUAUUGACUUUUGGGAUGGUCAACCCACACAUGUACUACUUAAACAAAGUCAUGUCGUCCCUGUUUGUGGACACUUCCCUGCCCAGCGAUGAAAGGAGCAGCUUUAGGUCCAUCCGAAGCAUAACCGAUUUUUGGAAGUUCAUGGAAGGACCCCUUCUGGAAGGCUUGUACUGGGACUCGUGGUACAACAGCCAGAGGCCGUACGACUGGAAGAACAGCAGCCGCAUCUACUACGAGAACAUCCUCCUCGGCGUCCCCAGGGUGCGGCAGCUGAGAGUCCGCAACGACACCUGCAGGGUCUACGUGGCCUUCCAGUCCCUCUUCAGCGACUGCUACGCCAAGUACACGGCUGAAAACAAGGACCUGUCUGAUUUCGGCCUCAAGAACGGGACAGAAUGGAAGCACUCGGCUUCUUCCACCAAUGCCCUUUGGCACUGGGGGUUUGUCGGCGUUUACCGAGAUGGAGGAUAUAUAUUCACAUUAUCAAAAUCAAAAUCCGAGGCCAAAACCAAACUCGCCGAGCUGCGCCUGAACAGUUGGAUCGACAGAGGCACCAGAGCUGUGUUUAUUGACUUUUCCUCAUAUAAUGCCAACGUCAAUCUGUUCUGCAUCGUCAGGCUAGUGGCGGAGUUCCCUGCGACGGGCGGCCUCCUCACCUCGUGGCAGUUCUACUCCGUGAAGCUCCUCAGAUAUGUCACCUACUACGAUUACUUCAUUGCGUCCUGCGAGGUCAUCUUUUGUAUCUUUCUUUUUGUCUUUAUAACACAAGAACUGAAAAAACUGAAUGAGUUUAAGUUUGCCUAUUUCAAAAGUAUCUGGAACUGGCUAGAGCUGCUGCUUUUGAUGCUUUGUUUUCUGGCUGUUUCUUUCUUCGCAUACUGUAACAUGCAGAAUUACCUCUUGCUUGGACGGCUGUUGAAGAACACUGAGAGCUAUCCGGACUUCUAUUUUCUCGCAUACUGGCACAUUUACUAUAACAAUAUAAUUGCUAUCACGAUCUUCUUUGCAUGGAUAAAGAUAUUCAAAUUCAUAAGCUUCAACGAGACCAUGUCUCAGCUGUCCUCCACGCUGUCCCGCUGCAUGAAGGACAUCGUGGGAUUCGCCAUUAUGUUUUUUAUCAUAUUCUCCGCUUACGCCCAGUUAGGAUUUCUUGUUUUUGGGUCACAGGUUGAUGACUUCUCCACUUUUCAAAAUUCCAUAUUUGCACAAUUUCGAAUUGUCCUUGGGGACUUUAACUUUGCUGGCAUCCAGCAGGCCAACUGGAUCUUGGGGCCCAUCUACUUCAUCACGUUCAUCUUCUUUGUGUUCUUUGUACUCCUGAACAUGUUCUUGGCAAUAAUUAACGACACCUAUUCUGAAGUGAAGGCUGAUUAUUCAAUAGGCAGAAGACCAGAUUUUGAACUUAGUAACAUAAUUAAGAAGACCUACCUUAAUGUGCUCGAGAAGCUCAAACUGAAAAAAGCUCAAGAUGAUGAAGACAAGAAAACGAAAACAACUGAAGAGUUGGCCCAACAAGCCAGAAAAGAAGGCUUUAGUGAAAACGAGAUCCAAUGGGCAGAGCACAUGAAAGCAUGGAAGGAAAGGCUUGAGAAGUACUAUUCUACAGAAAUUCAGGAUGACUACCAGCCUGUCACUCAGCAAGAAUUUCGAGAACUCUUUUUAUAUGCUGUGGAGCUUGAGAAGGAAUUACACUACAUCAGUUUAAAACUAAACCAAGUGAUGAGAAAGCUACAGUAGCAAAACUGAAGAGAA